AUGGCGUGGUGGCCGGUGGCGGUCGUGGUCGCUUUGACGGCCCUGUGGCUCCAGAUGCACCUCUACGCCCAGCACCCGCACCCUGGCCAAACACUCUGCGACGCGCGAAAGGUCGGGCUCGUGAUCGUCGGCCAUGGCGUCGUACCUCGCAGCCUCGUGGCGGCGAUCGCUGCCCACGAGGCCGAGAGGCGCAUCGACUUUUGCGGCGGCCAUCUCUACGUCGUGGCCGUUGGUGACGCCAAGACAGGCGGCUUUCUCCAACAGCCGACGGGCUUUACGUGGAGCCAGGCGCAGACGUUAUCGGCAAACGGCUUUGAGGCCGCGUCGCUCGAGGACGACGACGAGACCAGCGACGUUCGCCACGCGACCAGCUUGGGCGACGUCGUCAUGACGAUGCUAGCUUUCGGCGCCUGCGAUCGAUACAUUAUCGUCGACUGCGCCGGACACGGCAACCACUGGAAGGACCUCGUCUUGGCGCGGAAGGCGGGUUUUGGGCUCGUCUUGUCCAAUCGUCACCACUUGGCGGGCAACUACAACGAGACGUACGCGCGCCUCGUCUUUGAUCGUCCGCCGAAGCGCAGUCGCUUGGUGUCGUACGAGGCCACGGUUGGGAGCGGGCUCCCGAUCCUGCCGACGCUCAACCGCGUCAAGGCGACAGGUGACGACAUUCAGGGCAUCGAGUGUCGCUUCAGCGACGCCAUCGCAUUCAUCAUGGAGGCCUUGCACCGCGGAAGCCCGUUCAGUGAGGCCGUGGUAUCGGCCUACGAGAAUGGACUCACGGAAGAUGACCCGCGCGACGACCUCUCGGGCCGCGUCGCCGCACGCAAGAUGCUCAUCCUCGCGCGCGAGCUCGGCCACACGACCAACAUGGCGUCCGUGCUGGUCCAAGACCUGACGCCACCCAGCAUGCACAACUUGUCGCUUUCUGCGUUUUUCGCUGGCUUGCCUCAGCUCGACGCAGCCUUUGAAGCGCAGCUCAACGACUCGAGAGCGUCCAAUACCGUCCUCAUGUACACGGGGCGCCUUGACGCGGACGGCGCGAUCCGUGUCGGACUUGAGCACUACGAUCGCCACUCGAGCUUCUACCGCCUGCAAUGGACCGAGAGCUUGUUUGCCCUCACGACCGAGUGGUUCCCCGAGGCGAUUGUUCUCAAGGGCGCGGGCGCUGGUACGAAUGGCACGGUCGCGUCGCUCAUGGCCGACAUUGCAAAGCUCAGCUGCGUGCUCUUCACUGCGUGCGACCUGACGAGCUAGCUCCAAUGACUCUCUCUUGCACUAUAUAUCAAUAAGUUCUAUGCGUUUUGG